UCCAACGCACGUGCAACUCUAUUCUAAAUCUCUUAUUGAUGAUGUCGGUCUUCCGUUCCAUGAAUGUGCACUGAAUUAUAUUGAGAUCCAGCCUUGAUAUUUUCUUUAAUGUGGAACGGAUUGGGAUUUGUGAUUACGUUUUUAGUCGACCAUGUGAUUGAAACUUCUUACCUGCCGGAACCGUUUAAAGAGAACUUUUUUUCGUACACCGACACUAUUUCCCAUAAGUGAAGCAGUAAGGACGUGUCGGGCCUAACUGGGGUUUUAAUUUUGCAUUAGCACAUAUCUUGAUCGAGAUCAAAGAAAAGAUUUGAUCAUUCAAUUGCCAUAACUAAAGAGGAAGGACUGGCUAACCUUUAAUGACAUCUUAUAUACUGUCAGCUUGCUCGAACACUGAAGCAUACGUUGGCCUUGUCGUGCAUUGUGACGUCACAUUAUAGAACUUUAAAAAUACCAACGCAUGAUAUAUAACUGGUUGGCCGAAUAUUUUCAUUCAUUCAGAAGAUAUAUUAGAACAUUAACUCGUUGGACAGUAUCGAGUGGUGCUUGUUAUAUGGGCUGACUGACGUGAACUAUUUACAUUUGUCCUGUUAAUUAAGUUCUGUUUACGUACAGAACAAGAUAUUGAUUUCGUUUUUGCUGAAUAAUAUAAAUUUAAGUUUCAAACGUAGAGCUUGCUGUUUUUGACUCGGACACAUUUGUUUGAAGUGUCGAUAUCGCUGUAUAAGUCCUGAAGUUUUUAUCUAACUUCCAGCUAACUAACUGUGUAAGUGAGGACUUAUCCAGAUUUUCCCAACUCUCGGGAAAUAUUAAAAAAACUGUCGAUAUAGCAAUAAUAUCGAUAUCAUUUUACAAUUUAAUUCAAAUUUUACUCCAAGAGAUUCCAGAAAAAAACCCAUCAGAAAUCGUUUAUUCUUUGGAUAUCAUGAUGUAAAAAACGUUUUAGAUUUUGAGUUGUGAUUUAAGAGACAUUCUCUCCUGGAAGGUAUCGACAUCUUAAGUUUACAAACUGAAAAAUACCGAAAGGUUUUAAAAGAGUACAACACAGCCCCAAACAUGGACUUCGAGGAAUACAGAAAAAGAGGAAAAGACAUGGUGGACUAUAUAGCAGACUAUCUGAAGACCAUCAGAACGAGGCGUGUGUUCCCGGAUGUACAGCCUGGAUACAUGCGCAAUUUGGUACCGGAAACAGCACCAACGGAAGGCGAACCAUGGCACGACAUCUUCCGGGAUAUAGAGAGGGUUAUCAUGCCUGGAGUUACCCAUUGGCAGAGUCCAUAUAUGCACGCCUACUUUCCCGCCCUCAACUCGUUCCCGUCACUCCUGGGGGACAUGCUUGCGGACGCUAUUAACUGCCUCGGUUUCACAUGGGCCUCCAGUCCUGCAUGUACCGAGUUGGAGACGAUCGUGAUGGAUUGGCUCGGAAAGAUGAUUGGACUUCCGUCUGAGUUUCUCCAUAGCAACAAACAAACAAUGGGAGGCGGAGUGAUUCAGCUAACAGCCAGUGAUUCCACAUUCAUCGCUUUGCUUGCCGCGAGAACUGAGGUGUUCAGAAAAUACAAGUGCUUGCAUUCAGGACUCGAUGAUGCCGAGAUCAAUGCGAGACUGGUCGCCUAUUGUUCUGACCAGGCGCAUUCCUCGGUCGAGAAAGCUGGGCUCAUUGGUCUGGUGAAAAUGAGAUUCAUUUGUAGCGACGACCAACUGAGCAUGCGCGGGGAGAGUCUUCAGUCCGCCAUAGAACGUGACCGGGAGGAAGGAUUGAUUCCUUUCUUUGUAUGUGCAACUCUGGGAACAACUGGAGCCUGUGCUUUUGAUAAUCUAGCGGAACUUGGUCCGAUUUGUGAAACAGAAGGCCUAUACCUACAUAUCGACGCUGCUUAUGCCGGAACAGCGUUCAUUUGUCCGGAAUACCGGAAGUUCAUGGCUGGGAUAGAGUAUGCGCACUCCAUUGCAUUUAAUCCAUCAAAAUGGCUGAUGGUACACUUUGACUGUACAGCAAUGUGGGUGAAGAAUAGUGGAUCCUUACAUCGUACUUUCAAUGUCGACCCCCUGUACCUAAAACAUGAAAACAGUGGUGCUGCCAUAGAUUAUAUGCAUUGGCAGAUCCCACUGAGCCGAAGAUUCCGCGCCCUGAAGCUGUGGUUCGUCAUCAGAUCCUUUGGCGUAGAGGGCUUACAAGCUCACGUGAGAAAGGGUGUUCGUCUGGCGGAGAAGUUCGAGAAAAUGGUCCGAACAGAUGACAGGUUUGAGAUUCCAGCUGCACGACAUCUCGGAAUGGUCGUGUUCCGCCUGAAGGGGGACAAUGACCGUACAGAAAUUCUUCUAAAACGGUUGAACAAAAGUGGCAAAAUACACAUGGUACCUGCUGCACUCAAGUCAAAAUACGUCAUCCGAUUCACGGUGACGUCACAAUACACCACUGACGCAGACAUCGAGCGAGAUUGGAAAAUCAUUCAAGACAUGGCGACUAAAGUACUUCGGAACGAAGAACCAGGCGAAGAUGACGUAUUUGAGGAAACGCCACCAAUUCCGGUCGUCAUUGAACCGGAAGUGCUGAAACGAGUACCCUCCUUGAAGAAAAAAGAUUAUGGUAUGAGCUUGUUACUUAGCAACGUUCCGUCAUCUCCCAAACUCAUAAACGGAAGUUUUGCUGCCCUGUUUGACAACAAUGACGUCAUUGUGGAAUUUGCUAAGGAGAUCACUAACAGUGAUUUUAAUGGUCGGCCAAUUCGUCUGUCACCAAGACGACGAAUGAAACUCCGGGACCAAAACAGACAACGGAGUCUCGACUGUGACGUCACUCCACAUCGAUCUAUCAUCAGCCGAUUCAAACAGGCGUCACUCGAUUCCAAAGUAGACGAAAUUCUCGAAUGGUCAACUCUGCAGGAAAUGUCCGGAGGUCUGAAUGAAAUCGAAGACGGAAACGAGAGCGGAGCAGAUUCGGAUGUUGACCUGGGGUCAGGGGUCAAAAUGAAAGUUUCAAUCAAUGUAACAAAAUCAUCUGAAAAUGAUGAUGAUCCAGAAGUAGAAAAAGGUGAACUAUCAAACGGGAAUGGGAUGCAUUCUACCAAUGAACCCUUAAAUGGACAUAUAAUCUGCAAACACUGCGGUCACGUAAUUAACGGAUAAUCACGUGUUGUGUGUAACUAACAUUGUGGAGAAGAAACCGAAAUAUCAAAGAAUGGAUGGAACAAUAACUGUGCAAUAUAUAAUUAUAUACAGAUAUAAAUAGAUCAGUAAACAACAAGUUUAGUUGUGACGUAGGGCAUAAUUGUAUUCGUAUAAUCUGCUUAAACUGUGUUUAUAACAGUAAAACUCGUCCAGAACAUUGACACUUCACGUACGUGUUUCUAUCAUAUACUUGCAAGCCUGUGUUUACCAACGUCCACGUUCGCUUUCAGUUUAUAAUACAUUUUGUAUGUAUACAGUAAAUGUAACUCUGUCUAGGUUAUUUCGAACAAAGUCUAUUUUUGCUUUCAUUUCCGUUCAUUUAAACAAUUAAUGCAACUGUCAGACGUCUAUUCAAGCAAUGCAUAUCUUCACUUUCUAUUUCGUUGAUAACAUACCAUUGCAUACAUGUAUGUGAUAAUGUGCUGUCGUUCAUUCAUUGUGCUAUUUCUUUAAUAGAAUAGACGAAGCUGCAAGCUCUAUUCGAAAUGGCGUCCGAGCAUCAAUGUCAAUAAACACGUGAUCGUGGUUGUCAACUAAUCCUGCCUGUAAAAAAAAUGUAACAAAUAUGAUACCAUUAUUUAUUACAUUUUUACCAGUGAAAUAUCAAAAAUU